AUGACUAAUAAUAAUCAAUUUGAAAAGUUGUUGCUGGAGGCGUGGGAACGGUGCACGGACGACGAAACUUUGCGUGAGUCGGCCACGUACAAAUGUGCAAGACAGAUGUUGGCAAAAUUGACGUGCUCCGGUCGACGAAACAAUGAAGAAUUAUGUAAACUUAAGUCGUUGAUCAGUGCGCUGAGAGCCGGUAAUGAAGUCUGCUGUCCCAAAGAGAAAUUUGAUGGAGAAGAAGCAUGUUGCCGUUUGGAAGUCGUUGAGUUGUGUUGCCCGGAAGAGAAGCUGCCAAACGAAACUUGUGAGCGUUCAAAUGACGAUGAAAUGUGUGGGAUAUCCUUAUCCAAGACUACAGAAAAACCUGAACAGGUUAUCUACCCGCAGUUGCCCUUUCCAGACACUGAUGCUGAUUGCAUACUGAAGUCGUCCUUGGUGACUGCAGAAGACAACGUCGGUAUGCAACAGUUCUUUCGGGACGUGGCCGUGAAUACUUGUGAUCGCGGUGAUUUACUAAUGCGUGUCACGCGAGACGUGUUGACAGACUUUCGGUUUUUUGUCGACAGCGUCUUCAGCAACCGCGUGACACAGAUUGGCAUGGUGCUUGCGCGUGAGCACAUGUCUAUACGCGACCGGUACGCGGAGCUCGAAUCCCGGACAUUAAACCGGGCUCAGUUGUCAGUGUUUCACGUCAAGGAAGUGAUGCCUACAUUUGACUGGCAGCGGUACUCAUCGGAACCAGGCUACAUCAAGUCUGUGGUGGUAUCGAGUUGUCUGCAAAACGCUCGGGCGGAAGACACGGAUGAAGAUGCUCGGGGAAAGGGGCUGCUUUACCAGCUUAACUGGCUCCGGUCCGAAAAUGACAGAGCCGACAGCGAGAACCACUGUCUGCAUGAACAGCACGCCAAGCUCACGGCUGAACUUUCCACGAUCAAUGGCAACAUAUCAUCAGUUCAGUGCCGGGCAGCCAACGACAUAGCAUGUCUGUCAGAUCAGCUGGAGAAACUUCGAUCAAAGUCUUGUGAACAGAUGGCAAUUAUAGACAAGCUUAUGGAGGAUAUACAAAUAUCCAUUCAAAAUUCAAAAAAGGGGACAAAGGUAGCAGUGACGACGCGACGUUGUAUUUGA